AUGCGGAUGAGGUUGAGACACGUUGAACAAGACUCUAUUGCUACUACUUGUACUACUUUUGCUUCGAAGAAUGAGUUUUUUCAGAGGCUGUGGAGUGUUGAUGAUGAGAUUGUGAUUCUGCAGGGUAUUAUGGACUACACUACCACCAAAGAUAGUACUCAGAGAUGGAAUUCUGCUUCUCAAGAAGAUUGCAAAUGUGGCCAACGGUUAAAGGGUAUUAUUGACUACACUGCCACCAAAGGUGUGGACCCUUCUACCGACAUGAAUGCUUUUUUUCUUUUCAUUAAGGAUCCUAUUCAUGUUCAUGAUACCAAGACCCAAUUGUCCGAGAAAGUCCGCAAGUUAAAGAACAAAUACAAGACCAAUGCCACCAAAGCUAAAUUUCCCUUCAACCCCCAUGACCAACAACUCUAUGAUUUGUCCCAAAAGAUCUGGGAUUUUCAAACUAAUGCUGCUAAACUUGAUACCACUAACAAUAACAAGGACAUGGUUCAUGGGAAACAAAUUCUAAAAAAGGGUGCUCUUAGCAAGAUGGCAGAAAUUGAAAGAGAAUUGAAGAAGCUCUAA